AAGCUCCUUAUCAGCUGGUCGGCCGCCAUGUGGGCCUCCGGCGUCCGGGCCUGCUGCGGCGGCGCGGCCGGUUGAGGCCGGGCUCGGCCCGGCCCGCGACGGCUGGCCGCCGACGAGCGCGCUCGCGCUGCUCGUCAAAAUGGCGGCGGUGUCGAUUGCGGCGACCAGGCGUCUGUCGUCUGUUGUCGCAUUUCGCACACGCGCGCGCCGCGCGACCCGCGGAGGUCGCUCCGCGAGGGCAUGAGCCUUCCGCGAUUCGAUCCCGCAGCCAAAAGCUGCUCGCUCGAACCACGGCCGACUCUGGACUGCCAUCGCGGCUGCAGCUGUUGAGCUCUCCAGAAGACUGGUGCCUGAUAUGCUGCCUCCCUGCGGAUGCUGCCGCGGCGAGCCUGGCGGUCCGCUGUACUACAAGGAAGUGCUGACUCGAUUCUUCUACCCCCACGACUCGGAACGCGAAUGUGACAGGACCAUCGGGUCCUUCGGCCACCAAAGCGAGAUCACCCGAGAGCAGCUGAGUCUGCCUCUGGCCUCGCCUCCCUCUCCUUCAGGCAUUCGUGGCAUCCUAUGGGUCGUCCAGAGUAUCUAUCGACCUCUGGCGAGUCAGCCAGCCUCUCGCUGGCCUCUCCGCAAGGCCCCCCGACCGCGUCGAACUCAACGGCGCGGCGGCGCGGGCUCUCUCGGCUACGGGACCGGCCCCAGCUUCGGCUGAGGGCUGACAAGCUGCCGAGCCCAAAUCACUGUGAGAGUCGUGAUUUCUUGUUGGUUUUCAAAAAUCUCUCUCUCUC